GUGCGUUGUGGUCGCUGCCUGGACGCUUUACUUGAAGGAGUCCAUCAGAACCCCGUGGAGCUGAUGAGAGAGAAGAGAACAGGCUUCUGGACUAAAAGGCAGACAGCAGCAGGAUGAACGGCGCAGCAGUGUACCCUCCCCCCACCGGCCCUGCAGCCAACCCGUUCGGCAACAUGCCCGGCUAUGAAAGCAUGGCCGGAGGCGGUUUCAUGCCCCCCCCGAUGCCCCUGCAGCCUCUGGCCCCGCCCCAGCCGGGCCCCAACGCUGACCAAUGGACGAUCCCCUCUCUGUCGGAGGACGCGGCUCGCGAGGCGUUCAAGAACUUUGCGUCGUCCCACUGCUGCUACAGCGGGAGCCCCGCGGACGACGGCGUGAUCACCAGCAUGGAGCCGUUCAACACCUACAGGUAUCGCCUGGAGACGUUCACCGAGACCAGGAAAACGGAGCCGGCCGAAAAGCCUUACGAAGGUGAGACGGCUGACUUCUACACGCAGCCGGCUCCCCGGCCCUGGGACGUCCAGGUCAACCCCCCCAGCCUCUUCACCAAUCACACAGAGGAGGUCCGCGUGCCCUUCACCUCCUCCGUCAAGGAGUGCGGAAGCUGCCAUGGCGCCGGGACGACCAAGUGUGAUGACUGCAAGGGGGAAAAACAUAAGGAAUGCUACAUGUGCCACGGCUCAGGGGAGCAGAACAACGAGCGGUGCACCACAUGCGAUGCCAGCGGCAGGAAAAGGUGCUCCACGUGUGAUGCUCGGGGAACGAAGGACUGCAGUACCUGUAAAGGACGAAAAAAACUGCUGACUUACAUCAAUCUCAAAGUCGAGUGGACUAACAAUAUGGCUGACCACGUAGUGCAGCAGAACUCUGGUCUGAUAGUCAAUCUUCAAGAUGUCAGCGGGAAGGAGCUGAUCAAGAACAACCAGAACCUGCUCUACCCGCUGAUCGGGUUCCCAGAACCGUCCAUCGCCGAGGCCUCUGAGCGUCUGAUCAAAGAUCACCAAACCAAGUACGCCCAGAGCGCCAGGAUCCUGCAGCAGAGGCAGACGGUGGAGUUGAUCCCAAUCACUAAAGUGAACUACAAGUGGAAGGGCGGCUUUCACCUCUACUUUGUCUACGGCAACGAGCACAAAGUCAGCGCCGACAAUUACCCGGCAACUUGCUGCUGUGUCAUCAUGUAGAGACAAACACAAACUCACUUUUUCAUGAUAUUCCCUCCAAGUUAACUUUUACUCAACCCCCUUAUAUACUUGUGCAACUAAUUAAAGUGGUACCCCUUUAAUUAGUUGCACAAGUAUAUAAGGGAGGGAGUGUAUUCAAUCUGCCUUUUUCUGUGUGGGUUUAGGUAGAAAAUACUUUUUUAAUUAGCAGAAAUUCAAAGAACUCCAGGGAACAAACUUCUGAUCUUUAUUUUUUUGUGUGUCAACAAUUAUUAUAUAUCUUUAUGUACUGAAUAUUUGAGUUCAGAGGCAGUGUAACAUACCUUUAAGUGCCAGUUUUAAAACUACUGUAGAUAGUGAGCUAACGUCUUAUGCUAGUAGGUAAUAGGAUUUAGUUGGUUGGUUUGUGAGUUUCUGGUUAACACAGAAGACCUACAGUUUAUUCAAGAAACGUUUGACCUUCAAACAGGAAGCCGAUAUGUAGUCUCCACAUCUCCUGUUUCCCUUCCUGCAUGACGUCCAUGAGGCCUUAUAUUCUGGGUAGGGGAACUUUACUGACUUAGACAGCUGACCCCUUCCUAAAGCAAGUUAUUUUUACACAUUUUUAGUGAGUUUCCUAAAAAAAAAAAAUCAAAGCUCUUAUGAUUCAUGAUUUUUGUUGGAUAAUGAAAUUCUUCAGAGCAGCAACGUAACAGUUGAGCAUGCCAUUAUAUAUUUUGCAAAUACCUCAGAUACAUCAGCACGGCACUGCUUCUCACCUUGGUGCCAGCUGUUAAACCAAAACUAAUGUGCAUUCCUGCUGAAAAUGCAUUGGAAUGCUAAAAGCUGAAAGCAAUUUCAGAAAAUACAGACAUAAAAAUGCUGAAAUUAAUGUUAAAAAUAACUAAAAAAUACAAAAAAAUAAUAAAGCUGAAAAUGUUUUAAACAAAUGCUAAAAAUAAAGAAAUAGGAAAAGCUGAAAUGACUUUUAAUAAAUACAGAAAUAAGAAAUACUGCAAAGAAUUGAAAAACAUUGCACGAAAUACAUAAUUAAAAGAAAUCCAUAUGUAUUUGUAGUGACAUUAGUAAUAUUAAUAGAUUUAGUUGUAAUCGUGGUACUUGCAGUAGAAAAAGUAGUUUUAGUAUCAAUAGCAGUAGAUAAACUAGAAGUAGUAGUGUUAGUAGUAGUAGUAUUAUCAUACUGUUAGUCAUAGUAGUAUUUGUAGUAAAAUGAAUAGUAGAUGUAGUAUUACUAGCAGCAUGAAUACUAGUAGUACUUUUUGUAGUAGUUUGUAGGUGUAGUAGUUUGUAGGUGUAAGAGAAACACACCGAGAGAGACUGCAGCGUGUGUCUGUGUUACCACGGUAACGGCGCAGCUGUCAUCAUAACGAGCUGCUCAGAGGGCAGAAAGGAUCACAGCCAUUUAAAAAGAAUCCACACCUCAAACUAGUGAACUUUAUCGCAAAACUACAAUGGAGAUUACGCCUUGCAUGUGAUUUAUACGUCGCGGCUCUAAUGGCGGUUUACAAAACGUGUACCUUCUGCUUUCUUUGUGAAAUUUGUCGGCGGAUUUCCUUUAGCCCCCUAAGGAGCUUGAGACAGACUUUGUUUCGCUCUCGGUGCUCUGUGGCCAAAAAUAAAUGUCGGUGGCAUUACACAGCCACAUGACUACGACUACACAGGCACUAAGUCAUUUUAUCCAAAAAUGAAGCCUGAAGAAUGAAUAUUGUGGCAAUGGAGUGGAAUGGUGGCUGUAGCUCAAGGAUUGACAAAGCAGAAGGAAUCAAAAGUCGUUAUAAAGUUAAAGCAGAUUUGAAAAUAAACUCCAUUAAAAAACCAUGUUUAAAAGGUUUAUGAAUUUGAUUUAUAUAAAUUCAGCCAUAAGAAGGUAGAAGGAGAAAAAUCCAUAGCUGGAAAUUCCUAAAGUCCUGAAUGUUUUAAUAUUUGAACGGUUUGAAUAGCUGAAAAUGUAAAAGGGUAGAAAAGUGGCAUGGAAGAACUAGAAUAAGUUGAAUAAAGAUUUAAAGAACUAUAUGUAUGCUUCAGCAUUCAAACAAAACAGUUCCUAUGUCGAGGUAUUUUCAACAUGUUCUGUAGAAUUACUUUUGAGAUCAGAUGUACUGUGCAUGUGCCUUUUUUGAAUUUACAUAUAACAAAUUGCAUUUGCAUUUGUAUUUGUGCUUUUUGUUGUUACAAUUCAACAAUUCUGAAUACCCAAAAAAAUCAUUUUAUUUCAUUUUCAUUUACUGUUUAGUUUAAAAACCCAAUUCAUUUGCUAUUUUCAACUUUUCGUGUAUAAAAAAAACCUCCCUUUGCCUUUCCAACUGCCCUCCUGCAGUGCAGCAGAGUGUCUGUAGAGGGCGCUCUGGUGUUUGACACAGUGCAGCAGAGUGUCUGUAGAGGGCGCUCUGGUGUUUGACACAGUGCUGCAGACUGCUGCCAGGACAACACGUCUAUCUGUGACUAACGGGACAAAGCCACUUCACGUCGGAUCAUUUCUUACAUUUUGCCAUAUGCCUUUUAUUCUGCAUUUUAUAAUAAUUUUUAUAUUAACCUUUCAUCCUCUGAGGUGUAUUACACUGAUUGUUCUCCUGUGAGUCUGUCUGUGUCAUCGAGGCGGCAUCCUGCUGCAGGAAAUAGGCCACAGGCUGGUUUUGACAGCUCUGGCGUUGUGUCUAUAUUACUGCGAGUCAGCCUGUGGACGGAUUUUUUUUUGUCGUUGCAACCGUGCAAGACGCCGUCGUGAAACUCUGCUGGUGUUUAGUUGAGAUCAAAGAGCGGUUGAGUGCAGAUGUGUGUGUGUGUGGUCUAAGGAAGUGCAGCAGACGCAUGAGGGGAGGAAGUGGGCCCAAACCAGCCUACUUUAUGCCCCUGGAUCCCAUUACGAGAUAAUAUCUAGUUUCGGGUCGUUUUUUUUUUUCUAUCUCAGAGUCAAAGUCAUUAUGUUUGAACAUGUUGAUCUGCAGUGUAAAUAAAUGCCUUCAAACUGG